AUGUUUAAUGAUGAUAUAAUAAAAGAAAAGGAUAGUUAUAAACAAAAAAUUAGAACAUUAUAUCGAAAUGAAAAAGAGACUAUCAAGCCAUGUAAUCAUUAUGAUAUGAAAGAAGAAGAAAAAAAAAAAAGUGCAAAAAUAAAACGUUCGAUUAAAUUCUUCGGUACCCCAGCUGUUCAUGGGUUAAGUUCACAUAUUGAUAAUAACAGUGGAACACAGUUAUAUUACAACUUUCAUAAUGUUUUAAAAAGAGAUAAAGAAAAGAUUCAAGGUGAUAAAUUAAAUUAUGCUUUAGAAAGCGAAGCUGUUGAAGAUAACACAAUGCAAUCCAUUCAUGAGAGUGACAAAACAGAAACGCAAGAAUGUGGCAAACAUUAUUUAUAUAAUAAGUUUGAUAUAUAUAAAUCGUAUUUAUCAUAUAAAAGGGAUUUAAUAAGGAAUGAAUAUGACCAGGAUUUUAAGGGUAUCACCAGUUUAUUAAAAGGAAAGGACACUCAUGAUGAUAAUAAUGAUAAUGAAGAUAAUGAUCAUAAUGAUGAUAAUAAUAAUCAUUAUGACAACACAUUUGAUGAUCCGUGCGACGAUAUGUGUAAUGAUCCAUGCGACGAUCCGUGUGAUGAUCCGUGUGAUGAUCCUUGUGAUGAUCCGUGUGAUGAUCCUUGUGAUGAUCCGUGUGAUGAUCCGUGCGACGAUCUGUGCGACGAUCUGUGUGAUGAUCCGUGUGAUGAUCCGUGUGAUGAUCCAUAUGACCAUCCAUAUGAAGAAGAGAAAUAUUCAACCUACUGUGAUAAAGGCUAUCUACGAAACUUCCUAAAAAAUGCAGUAAUUAGACCCAACUUACAAACCUUCGUGGGAAGAAAAAUUAUUUCCUUUUUAAACGAAAAAGAAAGAGAUAUAUUUUCUUUAACAUGUAAAAUCUUAUUUUUUGAAGUAUAUUCUGUGAACAAUUUAAAAACAUUAUAUAAGUACCAAUUUAUAAGCGACGAAAAAAGAAGCUUUAUAUGGAAAGCCAUACUUCUAGAAGAUAAUACAUAUAUAAGUGAAGAGGAUUAUAAAGAAUUAAAGAAUAGAAAAGGUUUAUAUGAUAAAGCAAUAGAAAAAGAUAUUAAUAGGACCUUUCCAAAACAUCCAUUUUUUAUAAAUAAAAAUAUGAACAUGCAAGAAAAAUUAUUAGAUAUAUUAAAAGUAUGUUCAUUAUAUUUUGAACGUAUAGGAUAUUGUCAAGGAAUGAAUUAUAUUGCUGGUAUAUUAUUAUUAGUGUUUAGGAAAAAUAUAGAUACAAUACGUUGUUUUAUAUCCAUGUUAAAAAAUUAUAAUAUAAAAGGAAUGUUCUCAUAUAAUUUCCCACAAUUAAAAAAAAUUAUUUAUCAAUUGAAUUUAUUAAUAAAAGCUUAUAUACCUAAACUUUUUUAUUAUUUUAAAAGGAAAAAAAUAAAAAUCGAUUUUUUUUGUGUAAACUGGUUUUUAACAUUAUUCUCUCAAGAUCUAAGUUUUGAAAAUACUUUAAAAUUAUGGGAUUUAUUCUUUUUGUUUGGAAUGAAAAUUUUAAUAAAACUCACACUGAUUCUUUUAUAUUAUCAUGAAGACAAUAUAAUACAUUUAUCUUAUGAUGAAGCUUUAACAUAUUUAAAAGCUAUAACCAAAACGCCUUUUAUGGAUUAUCUUUUUCAAGAUAACCAUUUCUUUACACAUUUAAAAAAAUUUAAAAUAACAAAUAGUAUGCUCACACAAAUAAUUAUGUUAAAAAAAAGUCGUCAAAAAAUUAAUUUACUUGUAAAGGAAAAUAAUGGAAAACUUAGGUGUUCCAUCCAAAUUAAACAAAAUAACAAACAUACAUUUACAUCUAAGAUAAAGGAAGGGUUUAGAAAUCUUUUUAAGCUUAAUGAGAAUUAUGUUGAUUAUAUUAAUUAUUUUUACCAGAAAAGGGAUGGAAGGGAAAAUAAUGGAAGGGAAAAUAAUGGAAGGGAAAAUAAUGGAGAGCAAAAUAAUGGAAGGGAAAAUAAUGGAGAGCAAAAUAAUGGAAGGGAAAACAAUGGAAAGCAAAAUAAUGGAAAGGAAAAUAAUGGAGAGGAGACCUAUAGAAAUGACAACACUGAUGAUAUAAAUAAUAACAUUUGUUAUAAUAAUUAUUCGAGCAACAAUUUCUACAAGAGGAAUUUUUUUCAGCAUUUCAAUUGUGGGAACAUUUUCAACAAUCCAAAUUAUUCCAAUGAAAUAGUUCUUACGAACACGACAUGUUUAAGUGUACACUUCAAUUCAAAUGUCUUGUGUAAUUCACCAAAUGUAAAGAACAAAAGCACAAUUCAUUCUUUGGAAAACAUAAAAGAAGAACAUGAUCAUACGAAAAACCCAUCAAACUUCUUUUUAGAGACCAAUACGUACUAUGAUUUAAAUUUAACAAAAUCGGUAGAUGGAAAUAAUUAA